AUUUUUUGGAACACAGGUAGAGAGAGAAAAUGCGAACACGCAAACCAGAGAAAACACCAAUUUUGUCUUUUAAAAUUGUUUUACUGCUUUGCAUCUCUCAUUAUGAUUUUCAUUCAUUCAUUCAUUUUGUUUUCUUUUUAAUUUUAUUUUUUGUGUGUGGAUGCAGUGGCUUUCUUCUCCUCUCUGCUUCCUUCCCUGACAAUCUCAUUUUCACCUCCUUUUCAUCUGAGACCCAAAAGCUGCUCCUGCUUCUUCUCCAUUCCCCAAAACCAUCCACUCUCUUAGAUUCAUAAAAAAAGCUGCUUUUUUCCUCCUUUCUCCUUGGUUUCUGAUUUGAUUCAAUUGAACCUCUCUUUUUAAUUUUCAUUUUUUGUCCCUUUUGAAUUUUUGGUGUCAUUGUCUUUGUUAAGGGAAUUUUAUAUGUGCCAUUGGAUGUAAAUUUUUGAGAUUUGUAUUGUAGUUCUUGUGGGUGUGUGUAUUCUGGAGCUUGUGUUUGAUGUAAAGUUCUUGGCCUUUUGGGGGGAGUUUUGUUGUGCUUUUUUGUUUGUGUUUGGAAGCGCGAAGAGCUUCUGUUUGAUCAAACAGAAGCUCUUUGUUGGUGAUUUUUUUCGAAUUUUCUGCUGGUGAUCUCAUUGGAAACCCGAGCUUCUUGAGGCUCGGGAUCUGAAUUGUGAAGAUGGAUUCAAAUUCAACAAAGGAGAAGCUGCAGAAGAACGAUGCUGUUGCAGAUGAAGCCGACCUUAAGUCUUGUUAUAUGCAGAAGUUCAGGCUCUAUGAGACUCGCUCGAAAUUUUACAUGAUCGGAAGAGACAAAAACAGAACAUUUUGGAGGGUCUUAAAGAUUGACAGAUUGGAACCAUCUGAAUUGAAUAUCGUUGAAGAUUCAGCAAUAUACUCAGAAAUUGAGUGUUGUGACCUUCUGAGGCGGGUACAUGAAGGAAACAAGUCUACAGGAGGGCUUAAAUUUGUAACAACUUGCUAUGGAAUCAUUGGAUUUAUCAAAUUUCUUGAACCAUAUUACAUGCUGCUUAUAACGAAGCGAAGGAAGAUCGGCACAAUCUGUGGUCACAAUAUAUAUGCUAUCACAAAGAGCGAAAUGGUUCCAAUUCCACAUUCUACCGUGCGAUCCAAAAUGGCUUAUUCUAAGGAUGAGAACAGAUACAAGAAGCUUCUAUGCAGUGUGGAUCUUGCGAAGGACUUCUUUUUCAGCUACUCCUACAAUGUUAUGUUUAGUCUUCAACGCAACUUAUCUGAUCAUAAUACUACAGGGCAAUCACUAUAUGAUACCCUUUUUGUUUGGAAUGAGUUCUUGACUCGUGGAAUCAGGAAUAAUCUCCAGAAUACUUCAUGGACUGUAGCCUUAGUACAUGGAUUUUUUAAACAGGUCAAACUUUCCAUAUCUGACAGUGAGUUCAACUUGACUAUCAUUGCUAGGCGCUCACGGCAUUAUGCUGGGACCAGAUAUUUGAAACGAGGAGUUAAUGAAAAGGGUAGAGUAGCUAAUGAUGUUGAGACAGAGCAGAUAGUCUUUACAGAAGCUCGUGAUGGACACCCUAUGCAAAUCAGUUCCGUGGUGCAGAACAGGGGUUCAAUCCCUCUGUUCUGGUCUCAGGAAGCCUCUAGAUUGAAUAUAAAACCGGACAUUAUAUUAUCAAGAAAGGACUCUACUUAUGAGGCCACAAGACUUCAUUUUGAUAAUCUUGUCAAAAGAUAUGGAAAGCCAAUUAUUAUUCUGAACUUGAUAAAGACACGUGAGAAGAGGCCUCGAGAAACUAUUCUGCGAGCCGAGUUUGCAAAUGCCGUUAGGUAUAUUAAUAAAAGUUUGAGCGGGGAAGAUCGCUUGAGGUUCCUUCAUUGGGAUCUGCAUCGGCAUUCAAGAUGCAGCAAAGCUACUAAUGUAUUGGGACAGCUGGGAAAAGUGGCUGCAUAUGCUCUGAAGCUGACAGGCAUCUUCUACUCUCCAGUGACCCCAAAUAUGAGGCUAGAUGGAUUAUCCCAAUAUUCCUACUCUGAGAAUAACAAUGUCAUUGAUCACUGUAUCACAGAAGAAGCCAACAUAAAUAAGAAUAAUGUUGAUACAGAAACAGAAAUUAGCAACUGUUAUUAUAGGGAUGAUGAGAACAAAGAUUACAGUGUCAAACCCCAGAUGCUUCAAUCCGGGGUGUUGAGGACUAACUGCAUAGACUGUUUAGAUCGUACCAAUGUUGCUCAAUAUGCUUAUGGACUGGCUGCACUUGGACGUCAGCUUCAAGUUUUAGGAUUUAUUGAAUCUGAACAUAUUGAUCUUGAUAACCCUUUGGCUGGGGAAUUAAUGGAAGUCUAUGAGUCCAUGGGAGACACAUUAGCCUUUCAAUAUGGGGGUUCUGCAGCACACAACAAGAUAUUUUCUGAAAGAAGAGGUCAAUGGAAGGCAGCAACACAGUCCCAGGAAUUUAUUCGAACCCUACAACGUUAUUACAACAACACAUAUUUAGAUGGUGAUAAACAAAAAGCAAUUAACUUAUUCUUGGGUCAUUUUCAGCCGCAACAGGGAAAACCAGCACUGUGGGAGCUUGAUUCAGAUCAGUAUUACGCUGUCAAGAGACGUGGCCUUUAUUUAACAGAUGGCAGCAUUAGGUCAACUAUUACGAGAUCUCUAUCAGAUGGUAACAUUCUCGGUGAAAGUGAUGCUUCCAUUAGGAACUUGAAUGAUACAAAUUGUCAGGAAUCAUCUGAAAAACCUGAUAAGCAUUUCCGCUUGGGAUCUACGCCGGAUAUCUUUAUUUGUGGAAGUGAUAUUUGUCAUUGCAGGCAGAUAUACGGAGGAAUGGUCAAGGGCAAAAAUUGUGAGAGUGGUCAUAUUUGUUACGAUGAACAUGGUGAUGCAUGUGACUGCUCCAAUUUCCUUGAUGUGGACUGGCUUUCUUCUUCUGGAAAUUCCUGUGAAGAGGAAUUACUUGAAAGGUCAACCAGCAUCUCCUCGGAGAAUAUCGCAAAUGAACUAGUAACCACCGAGACAUCUGCUAGUGAAUCUGGAUCCAGCCUUAAGGGAAGGCAGAGUGCAGAAGAACUGAACAAAGAUAGGAAGUACAGUGAAAGGUUUGAACGUUGGGUAAAUGAAGAAGAGAUGCAUUUUGCUUGGAGAAUAUAGUGUCUUAACUAUUAUGAUCCCAUCCGAAGGAUUUGGGGGCUUCUGACUUGCUGUACAUAAAUAAAAAAUGGUAAGAAUAUCAUCAUCCAAAAGCAGACAAAUAGCAGUGGCAGCAGCUGACAGGCUGAGUUUUGUUCAUGGGGGCAACAACAUUUGAGUUACUCAUUAUAGUUUUCCUUCAAUAGCAUCCAUUUGGGAGGUAACGGUAGAUGUUAAUAGGUAAUUCAUUUUUCUUCCUCCCAAAACUUACCGCAAUAUCAUCAUCAUCAACUCUGUACAUAAUUUAAAGUGAAAAACCAAAAAAAUGCAUAGCUGCUUCUGAGGUUAUAACUGUUCAAUAAAUCAUAUGCAGACAACAUUUUUGGUUCCUUUGGAUAUUU